AUGGAAGAAAUAUUUAAAUUAACAAUGGAUGAACCAUCUGAAAACUCAACUCACAUUUCAUCAACAUCUCAAAUACUACAAGAUUGUUUACUGAUUAUUGAAUCACCUUCUCACGAUUCUUAUAAAUCUUCUGAUUCAAACAGUCCAGUAUCAACAAAAAGUAAUAAUUAUAGUGAUCAUCCAGAUAUACUAUAUUUCCAAAAAAUCAAACAGAAGAAUCAUUUCAAGUUUCAUAAAUCAAAAUUUCAAGCAAAGUGGAAUAUUGAUAAAGUGAAUAGUUCCAAAAUGAAUUCAAAUUUUGAUCCUUACGAUUUAAGCUCACUUUUAGCGAGGUUGAAAACAUUUAAUUCCUUAAAUUGGAAAUCGAUAGACGACUCGUCUAUAAAUGAGUUGAAAUGUGCCAUAAAUGGAUGGAAAUGUGUAUCGUUUGGGGUAAAGGAAACUAAAAACCAUUUGUUGUGUACAUAUUGUAAUCAACAAUUGAUUUUAAAAUUUGAAUCUAAUGAUUUGCACAAUGGAAAUUCCACUAUUGUGGAAACACCAUUUGAUUUCCAAUAUUUAAGUGGGAAAACAUUUGAUGAAUCAUUUCAAAAAAAAUUAGUUGAGUUAUAUACAAAGCAGAUUGAAAAUACUGGACAUGGACCCAAUUGUUUAUGGAAAAAUUUUGAAACACCAAUUGAAGAAGUAUACCAUUUAAGACAAUAUUUACCUAAUACCAAUCAAUUUUUAAUUCAAGAAUAUUGCAAGAAUUUAAAGAAUUUAAUUGACAAUACAUUAAUUUUACAAGAAUAUUCUGAUACUUUUACAAGUGAGUUUCUCCAACUGCAAGUAAAUAAUGAUGAUUUUAUUCACGUUUCCAAUGAAUGGUUAAUGGCGAAAUUUUUCCGAGACAAUAAAGAGAAUUUUAGUGCUGGGUUGGCAUACAAUAUACCUUCUUGGAUAUACCAACUAGCAUUGCAUGGCUGGGCUUUAAAUGUUCAAAGCUAUGCUAGAGACAUAAUAUUAGUAAUGAGUUGUAAUAUGUGCAAUCAAAGAGUGUUUUUAAAUUCUGACCACUCUUCAAAUCAUCAAGAAUGUUCAACACAUUUGAAAUUAUCACUGUCUAAAAUCUUGACUCCAGUGAAAUAUGCCAUGUCAGGUACCCAAAAUAAUGAUAAUACUGAGUUUGAUACAAUAGUAGAAUCGAAAUUUGAUCCACGGACUCAACACAAACCUUGGUGUGCCUACUUGCACAAUAACUUACCGGCAUAUUUCUACCAAAUGUUAGUUCAAUCAAAAACUAAUAUAGGUCCUGUUGGAGAAUACAUCUAUGAUAGCAGCUUGAUGGAUAUAGAUACGUCAAUUGAUUCAAAUCAACCACCAACCAGAAAAAGAAAAAAUAGUUUUACGGUUAAUGAAGGUUUAGAAAGAUUAAGUAAACUACGGAAAUUAUAUUUAAUAGAUGAAUAG